UUCCCUAAUUCUAUCCGAUUAUAGAAACAAACGGGAUCGUUCUAUAGAGGAUCAAAAUGUUUUUAUUACGAAUUUUAUACAUGGCUUUUUAAUCACUUUUAAAAAUUGCAUAAUAAUUACAGACGACAGUACCGUUGUCAAUUGAGUUGGUAAACGUAAUUGAAGAUGGUCGAAAACGAAUGAUAAAUGUCAUUCUAAUUUGUUAAAAGAUACUAUUAUAUUCGAAAAACUUUUAUACUGUUUUUAAUUAAAAUUCUUGGAAAGAUUGCUUUCCAUAGCCGUUUUUAUGGCCUUUUAUAAAUGUUUGUGUUUUAAUUAUAAUUGUAAGAAAAUCGAAUACAAAUACAAUAUCAAUGAUAUAAUAUAUAACCUCAAUGGCGAGGUUUCUGGCUAAGUAAGUGCGUAAUUAAACAUCCUUGAGGAGCGUCAUUAUUCUUCAGUCUUCUUCGUCAGUAAUAUGCGCCGAAAUACAAACAGUUUAUAAACAUUCUAUUUCAACAAACAAAAUGUCUAGUACGUGGUAUCAACAAGUGUUUGCCCUAGAUGCCAAAUACAAUGCACAACGUGCAAAUAAAUUGCCUACAUUAGGCAUGCUUUAUAUUCGUAGACGAAAUCAAUUAUUGAGAGAAAAACCAUUUAAAGAGGACGAUAUUCGUACACAGUACUUGAAGUUACGUUCAGAUUUAUUAUAUAAACGAUAUGGAGAGAAUAUUGAUCAAAAUAACAUUAUGAACAAUUCUUUACAAGAAGAAACUUCAGAGAAUGUACCAAAAUCUCAUUUUGUUCAAAAGAAAUCAACAGCAGAGAAUUUUGCUUUUGCUGGAGUUCAUCAUGCUUUCGAUCAACAUACUGCAGCUGUAAUAAUGCUUAAAUUUGCCAAUAAUGAUAGAUCCAAAUUAGGAUGUGCAUCUUUAGAUGGAACUCUAUCGAUAUGCGAAGUUGUUAACACACCACCACAAGUAUUUGCUGUGCUUGAAGGUCAUCAGAAAGGAGUUACAGCUUUUGAUUGGAGUAUCAGCAAUGAUCUGAUAGUAUCAUCCUCUCUGGAUGCUACUAUUCGUCUUUGGAAAGUACAUGCAGAACCUAAGUGUUUACGAGUGGUUAAAGAUCCACAAAACGCCGAAAUUUUUUGUUGUGCAUUUAUACCAGCUAAUAAUAAUUUAGUAGUUACUGGUAAUUCACACGGGUUGAUACAAAUUUUAAAUGUAUCAACAGGAAUCUAUACACGUGGUGGUUCAUGCAAACUUGGGGAGAAGAUUUUAUCAUUAACUUGUGAAGAAAGUGGUGGCUCAUUGAUAUGGGCAGGAAGCGAUAGAGGUACUAUUACUUCAUUACAAUUAGAGGCUAGGACAGGAAGGCUUUCAAAAUUGCAAAGAGUUCAGAAAUUAAAUAGCAUGGUAACCAGUCUCUCUUGGCGUUCUUGGCAUUCGAAAGAAAUACCAUGGCCAGUCUUUUUAGCAAGUACCGCUUGCAAUGCAGUAUUAUUGUAUCGCGUUGCUGAUAAUCAGGGUUCUCUGAAAUUAUUGAAAAAGUAUCCUAUUAAACACAGACUUCAUUGUAUAAGAUCUACAUUUUGUCCCCAAAUGGGAGCUUGUUUAAUAGCAACUGGUUCAGAAGAUGGUGCAAUUCAUCUUUUUGAUUCUUCCAAAGAUGGUAAAGCUGCAAGAGUAAAUCUACUUCAUGGUCAUGCAAGACCUGUACUUGCUCUUUCGUUUAAUUAUGACGAAUCAUUUCUCGCUUCUGGAGAUCAUCAAGGACUUGUUAUUUUAUGGCGCAAUCACCAACGCCAUUUGUAGUCAUUAUUCACUUAAUUAAUUUUGAUUUCUGUUUAAUUAUUAAUACAUUGCAAUAUAAAACUGAUGGGAGAAAGAGCAAUUUAUUGCUUGCUAAAUAAGUAUUAAUAAUUGUAUGUAUAUAUAUAUAUAUAUAUAGUACUACGGAUAUAUGUAUAUAUAUAUAUAUAUGUCUCAAAAUAUGUACAGUAUUUGAUUAAAAGUACAACUAACUCAAACAGUGAAAAACUUAGAGUAGUAGAUAAUUUAUUUUUAAACAUUGUAAUUAUAUACAAAAGAAAAUAAGCAAGGAUGACAGGAUCCUUCAAAAUGUUUUUCACCUAAAAUAGUUUACUAUUAAUUUACACUUUAUGCAAUACUUUUCUGAGAUUCGUUACAAAAUUGAUCGAAAUACAACUAUAUAUCUCGUUCUCAUCACAGAUCUAUUAAUAAUACAUAGAGAUUAACACUAUCACGUGGUUUUGUAUAAACUGAUUUGUCAAAUAUAAUAAUAUUUUGCCGUUGCUAAAAA